CUUUGAUUGCAGAAUGAGUGACAAACGAGGUAGAUGAAGAAAAAAGUAGAAAUUAAUAAAAGAAACUUGAAGAUUAGGCACAUAUAUACUUAAAACGUUGUAACUUGUAACUAGGAAACAACUAGAAGCAUCACCCGAUAGAGAAAAUGGCUGACUGCGAGAAGGAGGAGGCUCACAAUCUCCAAAUGGAAUUUGAAUGGGUACUUCAUGAAGAAGUUCAUUCUUCAUUAUCACAGCUAAGGAAUAUUUUAAUGGAAUGUGCACAAAGAUUUCCAUUAGCAUUAUUUGGCAAUGAUCAACAUAAUAAAACGGACAGAUUUGUAUUUGCUGCACCACAUGAUCAAGUGAAAUGUGUAGCUGUUUUAACCGGUGACAGUAUUACAAAUGCAGAAGUUAAUUUUAAAAUACAACGUCAGCAAAAUAUUAAUAUGAGGACAAGUAUACAAACAGAACAUCCUUGGAAAUUACAACAAAUACAAGAUGCUGCUAAUCAUUUACAACAAGCAAUUGCUCACAUAGAUAAUGUUGAUCGACAUUAUCCUUUUAAAACAUCUGAUGAAGUUAUGCAUGUAUUAGGAAAUAUUCUUGGUUGUCUUCAACGCAGUCGUACUAGUUUAAUUGUUCCUAGAAAGAAAACCAUUGAUGAUCUGAUUAAAAGUCGUAAUAUGAAAUCAUUAAAUCCUAAUCUUCCAGAAAAUUUGGCUAUUAGUUUUUAUAUCCAAAGUUAUAAAUUAGUCUUAGCAAUAUAUCAAUUGGAAAAUGCACAUGGAAGUGUUAAAUAUGAAACACAGCAAGCAGAAUGUAGUGUUCCAUGGUUAAAUGAUGCUUUAGUAUUGCUUACUAUAGCAUUGCAACUUUGUCAACGAUUAAAAGAUAAGAUUUGUGUUUUUUCCCAAUACAAAGAUUUUACAGUUGGUUCUCAUGUUCCUUCUACAGUGGGUUGGUAAUAAAAAUAUAUUUAAAUAAUCAUUAAUGUAAAAAACUAAUUCCGUAUAUAUAUUAGAAUAUCUCAAUAUUUAAUGCUCUGGUAGCAUUUUUAAUAAAUUUCGUUUUUAUAAAUGAAA